AUGAAUGGAUCAGCAUCAUCAUCAUCAUCGUCAAAGAAGAUAAAGGUAGAAAAAACUGAAGAUACAAAUGAAAAACCAGUUACACCACCCAUGCGUGAGUGUGAGUUUUGUGGGAAGAAAUUCAGCUCCGGAAAAGCUCUUGGCGGCCAUAAAAGAUUCCACCUUCAACUUCUAAGAAAAGAGAGAGAAUCAGCCAACAAGUUGGCGGUUACUAGUGAUAAUUAUGGCGGCGGCAACGACAGAGGGAGCAACAUAAAGUUACUAUCCUCUUUGGAUUCUCCUAACAAGAAGCUACUUUGUUGUCUUUGCAACAAAGAGUUUUUAUCAGAAAAGUCGUUAUUCGGCCACAUGAGAUCUCAUCCUGGAAGAGAAUGGAAGGGUAUUCACCCUCCAAAUGAUGAUGAUGAUAAUGGCUUGAUGGAACCUGCGGUGGUUUCACCAAUACCAUCAUUAUCAUCACCUUCUAUUGAUAUAUCAAAAUCGUUGCCACCAUCUUGGUUGAAGACCGGAAUUCGAGGUAAGAAAGGCAUUUUCGAUGAAAUUCUUGGAGGUGUUGUUGCUAUUAUGGUUGACAAAUCCCAUGAGAAUAAUAAGAGUAGUUUCGAUCUACAAAGUAGGGCAAAAAUUGAGCAUGAUUAUGGUGAUAGAGAAAAGGAAAAAGAGGGUGAUUUGGUCAAAGAAGGGUGUAAUUUGAAGAAAAGGAAAAGAAUAUUAUCUAAUAAUAUGAACGAUGAAAUUACAACUAAUAAGAAGAACACAAAGUUGAUAGUAAGACUCAAGACUCGUCCUCAAUGCGAAGAAGAUGAUGGAUCCUCGGCCGAGAAAGGAUUUCAAUGCAACAUUUGUGACGAGUAUUUUGCAACAUUUCAAUCUUUAAGAGGACAUAGGUCAAACCACAACAAAGAGAAGAAAAGCAAGAGUCACAAGGAUUUAGAGAAUACUACAGAAGAAUCAAGUGAACCUAGUUCAAAAAUUCUUAGAGAGUUUGAUUUGAAUGAGCUACCUGAGAAUAAUAAUAUAGAAGAUGGAGGAAGUUAGCAUGUAUUCAUCAUUUUCAGGAAAUUGUGAUGGCAAAAUAUCAGUGAUUACUU